UUGGGUCGUCGUCAUCAUAAAGGCGGGGCUAAACAACAGCGUUCAUAUACGACGUUAAUGACACUCCUGCGUCUUUGGCUGUAACCGAAGUAGGCGCGUCCGAGCAAACGUACACAAUAGUCAGUCAGAAGACAUCCAAAAUGGUUUUGAUAAUUGAGGAUAAGCCUGCCUUUGAUAAUGCUCUGAAAAAUGCUGGUGACAAGUUAGUGGUAGUGGACUUUACAGCCACAUGGUGCGGGCCCUGCCAGAACAUUGCACCAUUCUUUAAAGGGCUGUCUGAAAAACCAGAAAACAAAAAUGUGGUGUUUCUAAAGGUGGAUGUGGAUGAUGCACAGGAUGUGGCUAGUUCCUGUGACAUCAAAUGUAUGCCAACAUUCCAUUUCUAUAAGCAUGGGAAGAAGAUUGAUGAAUUUUCUGGCUCAAAUCAAGCUCUGCUGGAAGAGAAAAUCAACAAUCUUAAAUGAAAACAAACAUGCACACAUUCAUUUACACAAACCAAUGAUUGUAAUAGCUCAACACAGGUUAGACUUUCCAGCAUGGGUUUGAGAAUGUAUGACAUCAAGUAAAUAUAUUUACAGUACAAGUAAAUUAAAAGGAAUUGAAAUGCUCUUGUAUUUUAGUUUAUAAACAGAGAAAAUGCAUUCCUGAAACACUUUUUUUUUUUUUUUUUUUAAGGAAUAUUUGGGCCUGCUGUAUAUUUUAUGUUGGCUUUGU